GGGCUGGGGCUGGGGCUGAGCUCCGGGGCGGAUCGGGACGGCGCUUUGCUGAUCUCGGGAGGAGAGAGACGGGGCAGAGCGGGCAGCAGCCAGAGCUCCAGGCAAGGGCUCAGCCUCCUGAGCAAACCCCUCGGCUACGGCCGACCGACCCAGAGGAAAGCCACCUACAGGAAACUGCAGAACUUUCUCUACGAUGCUCUGGAGAGACCCGGGGGCUGGGCUCUGGUCUAUCACGCUUUUGUGUUUUUGUUGGUCCUCGCGUGCCUAAUCCUGGCCAUCCUGUCAACAUUUGUUGAAUUUGAGACACUCUCAGAACAGUGGCUCCUAAUACUGGAAGCUGUUACAAUAGUUGUGUUCGGAAUUGAAUUUGCUUUGAGGAUCUGGGCGUCUGGCUGCUGCUGCCGGUACAGAGGAUGGAGAGGACGUCUGAAAUUUAUCAGGAAGCCUCUAUGCAUCCUAGAUAUAAUUGUGCUGAUCGGCUCUGUGGUCAUCGUCGCAGCCGGGGCCCUGCAGAACAUCUUGGCCACAUCACUCCGAAGCUUACGGUUCCUUCAGAUCCUGCGGAUGCUGCGGAUGGACCGGAGAGGAGGCACCUGGAAGCUUCUAGGUUCAGCAAUUUGCGCCCACAGCAAGGAGCUUAUCACUGCCUGGUACAUUGGAUUCCUUUCACUCAUUCUGGCCUCGUUUCUGGUUUACCUCGUUGAAAAAGAAGACACCGUGAAUGAGGACAAACCCCAGGAUUUUAAUACCUAUGCAGAUGCACUGUGGUGGGGAUUAAUUACUCUGACCACAAUCGGUUAUGGUGACAAAACGCCAAAGACUUGGGCAGGCCGGGUCUUAGCUUCGAUGUUUGCUCUUAUAGGAGUGUCUUUCUUUGCUCUGCCAGCGGGCAUUCUUGGUUCAGGACUGGCUCUAAAAGUACAGGAGCAGCAUCGACAAAAGCACUUUGAGAAGAGAAGAAAUCCGGCGGCCAACUUAAUCCAGGCUGCGUGGAGGUUCUACGCCACUAAUCUCAACAGGACUGAUCUGGGUGCCACCUGGAGAUACUACGAGAGUGUUGUAACCGUUCCUUUCUUCAGAAAAGAUCAAGCAGAUGAAGCUGUCAGCCAGAAGCUGAGCCUUUUUGAUCGUGUUCGUAUCGCUGGACCCAAGGGCCCCAAUGUUAAAAGCAAGGUGUUAAUACCUUUGAAUGCAGACGCAGUGGAGGACAGUCCUUCUAAAGACCAGAAGACGUUGAGCUUCAAUGAGAUUCGAGCUGCGGUUCGAAAUCGAGGAUUUGGCUUCAAGCAUAGCUCAGAAGAUGCCGUUCCUGAGGUAGAUCAAGUGUCCGAGGACAAAGGUUACCAAGCUGAAGUCAUGGAUGAGUUGAUCCCUACAAUGAAGACAACUGUGAGGGCUAUGAGCAUAUUGAAAUUCUUCCUCAACAAGAAAAAAUUCAAGGAGACUUUACGGCCAUACGAUGUGAAAGAUGUUAUUGAACAAUACUCAGCAGGACAUUUAGACAUGCUCUCAAGAAUAAAAUACCUCCAGUCAAGGAUAGAUUUGAUUCUUGCUCCUCCAUUUCCAUCAACUCCCAAGCAAAAGAAAAUCAACUUAAAAGGAGGUUUUGUAUACCCUUCACAGCAAGGAAUUGAUCCUGAUACAGCCAAAGGUUCUGGCAGAGAGACUGAAGACCAAAGUAUGAUGGGAAGAUUUGUUAAGUUUGAAAGACAGGUACACGUUAUGGAGAAAAAGAUUGACUUCCUUGUGGACAUGCACAUUCAGCAUAUGAAUACCGAGCAGUCUGGGUCAGCUGGAUACUAUUCAACAAAAGGGGCAAGGAUCUCUGUUCACCAAAGUUCAAGUGAAGACAAGGUGGAAGACAAAUACUUGGAGAUCAAAAAAGUCAUCUCAAACUAUUCUGAGUCUUGCAACUACAUGGCACCUGAAAAUGCUUAUCAAGUCCCAGUUGGUUCUGUUGCUCCUUUUGGUUUACUCACAAAUCCAGGAAAGUUUUCAACUUUGGCUGCUGAUUUAAUGAGGUUGCCUCCACCCCCGGCCCCAUCAUAUACCGAGAGACCCUCUGUUCUACCCAUAAGUUCAUUAACAGACUUGCAGGGUAAUGCAUCCCUCAGCUGCCAUGGAAGAGAAACAAUUCCUUUCGCUGAAAAUGUAUCACCAAUACAGGGGAGAAAUACAAGAGACAGUGACACUCCAAUUUCCCUCCCUUCAGUAAACCACGAGGAACUGGAACGAUCCCCCAGUGGAUUCAGUAUCUCCCAGUCAAAAGAUGAUUUGACUUUUGGUUUCAAUGAGAGCUGGCCAAAAUCCAAAGUACAUUUAGCAGAGGCUGAAACAGAUACUGAUACUGACCCUUACACUCCAUGUGGUUCUGCUCCUCUGUCUUCUACAGCAGAGGGACUUAACGACAAUAUAUGGUCCACAUCGAAUAAACCAACUUAGCAGAGUCACUGGUUGACCUCUAUGUGUACAGUCACUUUAAAGACUCCACCUUUCUUGCUUCAUACGAAGCAUCCAAAGCUUAUUGUUACAAUGUGUUUCACUGAUAAAUUCUGCACGUGAUGCAUGGAAGUAGUGCUAGAAACUGUUAAUACUGUUUUCAAUAUUCCAAAAACAAUUUUUUUCAUAAAUAAAUAAAACUGCAAAAUUUUGCAUGUUUUGUGCAUGGUUUCCAAAAUAUCAACAAAGAAGCCAAAUUUCCUCUGGUUUACUGUACAGCACUAAUGUAAUUUUAAUCCCUACAUUAUCUGUGGGUUAGAAUCUAUGCAGAAAGUUACUAAAUACAGUUCUUUUAACAAUGCUUUAACCUGUAAAUGAAUUCUUAAAGAUACCAUAUCCCUUUGAUUAGCCUAACAAGGUGGGAUUUGGUAAAAGUUUUGUUACACAUAUGCUCUAAAGAGAUCAAUAUGAGGCACUAGCCAACAAUUUUUAUGUCUUUAGCAUUCUUAUCCCUGGACGUGCAAUUCUAAAGAUAAUUUGUCAAAAUGAAUUGAAUACUGAAUGCAUCAUCUAAUUAAAUGGUCUUCAUGAUUUAUCUCUUUGACUACGCUUUUGGUCAUCUUGCCCCUCCACACUAGUUUUGAUUCCC